AUGGCCCGUCUGCGCAGAAAGUCGUGCAUCGCCCUGUUUCUGUUUACACUGUUCAUAUUCGGGAGUUUGAUGGGACUACGCACGCUGAAACCCGCGGACGGCUUCAUGGAUCUGACCCCAGGACUGGACUUUUUACCCCUGAUUGGAGGCAAGCUGGAUCGGCGCUCGGUUGCACGUCCCCCGACAGCGCCUGCAGGACAGCCCAGACCCGGAGCCCCCAAAAGCACCAAACCCCCCUUGUCCAACACCGGUCCUGAAGGCACCUUGUUCUACGACGUCCAUAUAUUUUACAGCACUUGGUAUGGGGCACCGCAAAUGGACGGGAAGUAUAUCCACUGGGACCACAUCCUCGUACCUCACUGGGACCCCAAGAUCGCGUCCAGCUACCCCAGAGGAAGACACAUGCCCCCGGACGACAUCGGAUCGAGCUUCUACCCGGAGCUGGGUGCGUACAGUUCCCGAGAUCCGGCAGUUCUGGAGUCCCACAUGGAGCAGAUAGGAACCUCCGCAGCAGGGGUGCUGGUGGUGUCGUGGUAUCCUCCCGGUCUGGCUGAUGAUAACGGAGAGCCCACAGAGGACCUGGUGCCGGCCGUCCUGGAUGCAGCGUACAGACAUAACCUCAAGGUUACGUUCCACAUCCAGGCGUACCACGGGCGCAACGACCAGAGUGUCCACGACAAUGUCAAAUACAUCAUUGACAGAUACGGAGACCACGGCGCCUUCUACAAGUUCGCCACAAGCAACGGAAAGAGCAUGCCUUUGUUCUACAUCUAUGACUCUUACCUCACCUCCCCCGAGUCCUGGUCGGAGCUGCUGUCUCCCACGGGCGCCCACAGCCUCCGCAGCUCUGCCUACGACUCCGUCUUCAUCGGCCUCAUCGUCGAGGAGAGGCACAAGCACGACAUCUUGGCGGCGGGCUUCGACGGCAUGUACACCUACUUCGCCUCCAACGGCUUCUCCUUUGGAUCGUCUCACCACAACUGGAAAGGAAUCAAGGAGUUUUGUGAUGCCAAUAAUCUGCUGUUUAUUCCCAGCGUGGGGCCAGGCUACAUAGACACCAGUAUAAGGCCGUGGAACAAUCACAACACAAGGAACAGGGUGAAUGGGAGGUACUAUGAGACGGCCUUGCAAGCGGCGCUGAACGUGCGGCCGGACAUGGUCACUAUAACCUCCUUUAAUGAAUGGCACGAGGGGACACAGAUAGAGAGGGCGGUGCCAAAGAAGACCGUGAACAAGGUCUACAUGGACUAUCAGCCCCAUGGACCAGAGCACUUUCUGGAGCUCACACGGACCUGGGUAGAACAGUACAGCAAAGAGAAGGAGCAAUGGAUCAUGUGA